AUGGUCCCUCAAAGGCCUCAAGCUGCUUUUCCGCCGCUGCCCCCGCCUCCACGACUCGAUCCGACCGACCACUCGGAAUGUAUCCUAGAGCAGACAUCACCAGAGACUGAUGCUGCCGACCGACCCCAGUCGGCGGUUAUUCUGCGACACCCGUCUCCGUUGUCUCACCCGCACCCCAGCCACUCUUUGAGGGCCGCUGCUGGGGCAAGCCAGCUGGAGUUUGACGCAAACCCGACGCGGCACAUUGUGGCUGGCAGUGUUUCCCACUUGCCAUUGUCGGAUUCCCAGCAAAGUCGGGCUGCUGAGGGUGGUAUCGGUAUGGUGGACGCCAGCACGACAGAAGAGGUGGACCGUGACGGGGCCUUGCCACGGGAGCGUUCUGCAGCUCCGCAUGCCAAGAGUCAAAUGCCAACCCUGUCUGGCCCGAUUCCCGAAGACAGUGGCAUUGGACUCUCUCAACCGACACGGACAAUUGAAGAGCCUAGUAGAUCAUGCUCAUUCGCUGGCCUACCACCGAUCAGGCGAAACUCCACAUUUGACCUCGAAUCAGAACGAAAAGACCGAAGCGUCCCUGAUCAAAGCUAUGAUGAAGAAGACGAGCAAAACCAUGGACAACCUCCAAUCCGGCCUAGUCUGGUUGACACGGCUACUCCGUCUCUGGCCGAAGCUGACCUGGAUAACUCGUCCAACUUAUCUUCCCAGGCAGAACCGAUAGUUGUGGGGUCCGACACAGCCCGCGAUGAACACCCGACGACUCACUCCUCGCUGGCGACGGACUACAAAGCUGGCAUGAUUGAGGCCCACGUGCCGGCCGGAAUACAAAACAGCAAGCAGCAGGGUUUGAAUCAAUACGCAGUCGGCCGAGACCAUGGCGCUAAAAUGAUGUCGUAUUACACCCAGAAGCCAGUAAGCUCAGGUCCAUGGAAGCUCGAGGAGAGUAAACUCUACCAACCAGCGAAUCCCGUCAGCAGGAACAGGGCCGGAACUGGCCGUCCACCACAGCAGACAAUGUACGGCUUUGAUAAAGAGAUUGGGCCGCCAUCCUCAACGCUUCCCACGCAGCCACCGAUACAGCGACACGCUUCGGGAGCUAUUGAGGGAGCUGUUGAGCGCCAGGUACCGCCAUCACGCCAACGAUCCGAUGCGCCACCAUCGUCUGCUCAAAGAUGGCCGGAGCUCUUUGCCCAUCCUCCCGAUCAGCGCCUGCGGUCGAAUUCCCGCAACGGUGCACCGCCGUCCCAGAGUCUAUAUCCAGCAUCUGCGGCGCGCGAUGCUUCCGCGGCACCGACAUCGCAAAGAGGCGAGCUUCCGAUUGCUCGCGUUCGCUCCCCAGUGGAAGAGCGUGGUCGGAGAAAGAGGAACUCUGGUUUUUUCAGGGAUCUCGGGCAGCGGAUAGCAAGGGCCGCUUCGCGUGAACGUGGAUCUUCGAUGGAUUACAGACCGCCAGCUGCAGCCCAUUCCCGCGUCUACGAUGCGGCCGCGCUCAGCGCUGCAGGUGGUGGUGAGCUUCACGAGCGGGAAGCGCGGCGCCCCAGCAUUGUCGUCGGUCGUCCUGCUCGUGCGUCCAUGGACCAGGAACCCAGGCAUCACGUUGGAACUGGGAUAGAGCGACCUGUCCAUGGGCAACAUCCGCCCAGGACGCCCCCUCAGUCCGUGAAACGAAGAUCUUUCUUUGGGGGCGGAAUCAGGAGCAAGCUAGUCUCGGCCGGCUUGGCGAAAUCCUCGAACUCAAGCUUACCUCUGGCUCAAGAGGUAGGCCCUGCAGUGCAGAGCCAAGAGGGGGAAACCAGUGCGACAACCAGGUCGCGACGAGUGUUUAGCAUGACAAAGAUUUCGGAUCUCCUGAAUCGGAAUAAUAGGCCGCACGAUGGUCUAGAGCACUCCCAGCACGAGGCCGAGUACUCGAAGCGUCCCUUGGCACCUUUUCCAGCCUCUGGACGCCCAAACACCACCAAUUCAGCCGAACAGCCACUUCAGCAAUAUCACACCGACGGAAGCCUAGAACGUCGUGGUCGGCGCCGACCCCUGUCUGGCUUGUUCACGGGAGUGCUGGGAAAGGGAUCCCCGUCCAAAACGCGGGUUUCCCAGGCAGCACAACACGUACCACAGGACCAGGCAUACUCACAUCAUUCAUCGCAUCAUACCUGGCCGGAGAGACAGCCACAUGGCAGUCAUUCCCAAGGUGCAUCCCAGCAAGAUUUUCCACAAGAAACAACCGGUCCGUCUUUGGCAGCCUACACACCACAAGCGCCUCAAGAAGCUAUCAAUUCCGGGAGGAAGCCUGUAGAGGCGUUUGAACCCUCUGCUUCGAGACUGGCUUCUGAGAGCACGGCGCAGCAAGACGGACUUGGUGACUGUCAGCAUCUGGGGUGGUCGGCAGAACAAGCGAGUCCAUUUCAACAAGAUCAAGACCAUUCAGUUGCCGCGGCGGACUUGCCAAAGGAGCCGCCACGGGCUGUAAGCGCAGAGACAGAGUCGGAAACUCAAGGUGACCGUUCUCGCUGGGAAAUUGAGCCGGAUGACGAAGAGCAGAUAUGGUACGAUCCUGUAUCCCCCGAUUCGUCCAUGCUGUCAUGCCCGGAGUAUUCGGACGAGGCACACGAGACCUACGAGGAAGCCGUCGGCGGCAAGCCAGCUCGUCUUUCAAGCGAUGAAGCGAUAUCAUCUGUCCACGACACCGGGGAAUUAGUCGCAGCUGAUAAGCCGGCAGCCUGGGGAGGUUCGAUUCGCUCAGGAGACGAUGCACGGCCCUCUGUGACCGCAGGCCCGUCGAUGCCGACGCCUUCAGCAGGUGGGCAGUCUUUGGAGAGACAUGCGGACGGAGCGGAUGGGCAACGCCGCCCAUUUGCAGAACCACCGGUGAAGGCUGAUGGAAACGCACCAGAGGCACCUCAGCAAGAGACUCAGACGCACCAUGGCCUUGGCAGCUACGGUCCUCCUAGCCCCGGGCAUAUCGAUGCAGCCCAGAUGGCGCAGCCGCCAAGCGCGCCGCUCCCUCUCCAUCAGCGACCUUACCACGCGCAGCACCAGCAGCGUCAACCGCGAGACACGCCGCCGCAUCCCACCCAUGGAGAAGCCAGCGUCCCCUUGGCCACACAGCAGCCGGCGCGGAGUCCACGUCCGGGGUCCAGGUGGAAGGACAUGUCCAAACGCCUGUCGGGGCACAUGAGCGCCCUGGGGCAACAGAAUGACAGCAGCCCUGGAAGCAGCCCGGACAGGCGCGACAAGGGCUCCGGCAGCAAAAUCCUAGAUGCGCUCAAGAGGAACUCGAGGCAGCUGGAACCGCCACCAGCACCGCCGAUCCACGUAGGCGGCGCAAGUCACGCGGAAAUACAGUGGCAAGGCGUGCCGCUGCCCCCCAAGCAGCCGAGAUUUUUCCAAGAAGCCACGGCGCCCUCGCGCCACGGAGACGCUCGGCCCCGUGCGGCUUCUCGGUCGACGCCGAGGCCGCAUGCGCAGGCGGCUCCUCGGCAUGCAGCGCGCUCCCAUCACGAGCGCCCGCACGACCGGGCCCCGACGAGUCCGCGGGGAUACGAAGACGAAGCCGUCCUCGGCGACAGGGGCGCAGCGACCCCGACAGGAGGCUCGACCCCGACAGGAGGCUCGACCCCGACAGGAGGCUCGGACGCCAGGGCGAGGGGCUUGGAGCGCGGAUUUUCGGAGCAGAGCCUCAUGGAGGGACGCGAAGCGGAAGAGGUCGGGCUGGAGAAGCGUGUGCUGGAGCUCGGGGAUGCGGCAGGCGUGCAGCGGCGACGAGCGCGGUCGGCGUCGCAAGAGGAGAAGAUCUGGCUUGAUAAGGGAGAUGAUGGCGACUACCAGGCGCAAAUGGCUGCGACGAGCUCUCCUGGACAGGAGUGGGAUCCGUACGGAGGAGCCUACUGGGCGGACGGCAGCAAGGAUUGA